CUUUGGCGGCAUCAGUCUACCGCGGACAGUCACUCGAAAACGAUCGUUGAAACGCGACUUGAUCCACUCCGGCCUGCAGAACCCGGCACCAGAGCAUCAUCUGGAACUUGCGUGGAAAUUUGUGAAAUUUUGUGAAUCAAGUUCGAGGAAGAAAAACAGCCAUUCAUAGCAAGUGUAAAGUGAUACUGUGACACAACAGUCGUUUGACUCAGCGGCGUGUUUCGGAUGCUGUAAAGUGUCAACGAGAGCCAAGAUUUACGAGAUCACUGUCAAGAGUGGUUGAUGAUCCGCAGAAUUAAAAAUAAUUGAAGAAACGGGGAAGCCUGCCUAGAAGAUAAAGCAUUUUCACGUAAUAUCACCGAGGAAUUUUGUGAUUUCGCGGGACCGUGAAGACCAAAAGGCCAGAAAAGCCGUGACGAACGCAUUUUAUUUUUAGUGGAAACCGAAGGCUCUCUCGUUUUGUGCUCGCGUUAAAAGGAACAGAAGCUGUCAGUCAAAAUCAUUCUCAAUUUUUGCGGGAAAACAACGGAAGAAUACCGUACCUUGCGAAGAUUUGGAGGUCGAAUAGCAGUGACUUCAAGAUUUUACCCCCCGGUGAAGUAAAGAAGAAGGAAAACUCCCAAAUUUUCCGCGAAAGCGCAACAUUGCCUGGGUAAAAAUAGAACUGCAUUUGGUCCAGAAGUAACCUGAGGUCUGAGCAAAUCCCCGAAAAUCUAUGCUCCACUGACUCACUCGUCUGAGUUAGACGAUGCUGCUCGGCGUCAGACAGACUCAACAGCACGUGCUUCUGGAUCGGGAAUCGCAUUAGUCAAAUCGCGCGCUGGUGCAGAAGAAGUGUACACGCCGUCGCCGCUAUUAAUAGCGCAGAACUCGAGGAAGAGAGUUCGAAAAAGUAGAUCAACCUAAAUCUAGCAGCAAUUAAGCAAAUGUUCCGCUGUUGCCUGGAGCGGCAACAGAACAGUGAAAUUUCAACAGACACGUCCAGACCUCCCAGGAAGCCAACAUGUCUUUCUGUCGCAUCACCGGCAAGUGCCGGUCACUGCCGAAGCCAAACUAUUUCCCCAUGCUGCCACCAAUCUCUCCAGCAGAUGCCAAACGGUUCUGUCGAGUGACGGGGAAGUCGUACGGACUUCCGUCGCACCACUUCAUACCGGUCUGCCUGAUCAAAUCUUCACGCAAAGAAAAGUGCAAAGUUACCAACAUUGCCGGCGAGCUAGACCCCCAUCACUACCAGCCAGGAAACUACGGAAAUCGCAAGCAUGCAGUCGUCGUUGCGUUCCGGUACGUGUUUCCGGUUCUGGACGAUACCGACGAAGCGCAGAAAACACUCACCAGCAUCUUGGUUCAGAAGAACAAACCAAUUGAGCAAAGCCUCUACGUGUACAAAGUUGAUGAACGAAACUUUGGGCUGGUAUUCCCAGCCCGCUUGGAAGCUGCCGUCCGCGACGGAGAUGUUCGCGAUGUAAUGCUUGCCAAGGAAUCCGACAAGCUGCUGAUCAAACUCAAAAAAGGCAACAGCGUUUCCGUCAGCCUGAAAACUGUCGAGCAAACCGAUCUGGAGCAACUGUACGAGGGUGAAGGUCCUCGCGAAGAGGUCAUCAAAAAGCGUGAAAAGGAGGAAGCUAAACGUCCAAAACCAAAGAGCAAAUCCAAUCUCUCGAGCAUCGCAAACAUUUUCGAGCAAAAAGAAAAGGUCCAAGAUCUUAAGGAAGAGGAAGAACAAAAGUUCAUCGAAGCUCAUCGCGAAAAGGCUGUCCGCCUUGCCACAGAACGUCGUGAACGUCAACUCGCCGAGAAACUCAACGCUUUAAAACUCAGCGAACACCUAAUCACGCAAGAAAGUGAACUUGGUGACCUAGUCAAGCCAAUGAUCGAGUCCUGGGAUUGGAACACUUUGGAAAAGGAAGCCGCCGAAAACAGCGCAAACGAAGUGUCGAUCAAGAAUCUUCCAGAACCCGUUCAAAUCACCCCCGUCGAACUACCCCCCAAACAAAUCCAAGUCGAUCAUGCGAUCCUCGAAAAAUCCUCCGGCAUGGAGGCAGCCUCUUACGUUGGCACAAUUAACCCAACCAAGAUCGAAAUCAAAUCCGAUCGUCUCAAAGCAAUGAAAUCCCUCACCCCAGAAACCUUGGACGCCCUCGCCCACGUAGAGGAAAAGCUAGCCUCCCAAUCGGAACUCUUCCCCCAUCUGGACGACCUCGCCUCAGUCAUCGCCCGCAUCCAAGACUCCCAAGCUACCACCGUCGACGGCGUCCCCGGCGUUAAACUCAUCGUCAACCACCAGGAAGUCUUCAUCCCUGGGCAAACACUAACCAUAAACAACAAACCAACCUUCGUACCCGGCCAAACGCUCGAGUCCCAGAACGGAAUCCUCGAGUUCGUCCCAGGGGUAACCAUCACCGCCCACGAAGGAUCGAUCCACUUCAUCCCGGGUGAGAUCAGUCUGACGAAGGCGGGUAAACCGCAGAACUUUAUCGCCGGAAAGAUCAUCGACGGAAAGUUCGUGUGCGGUCAGGUGUUGACCAUCAACGACGAGCCCCAGUUCGUGCAGGGACAGACGAUCGUUACGCCCGAAGGUGUCAGCAAGUUUGUGGCUGGGGUUGUGGACGAAGCUACGGGCGUGUUCGUACCUGGGCAAAAUAUUGAAACGCCAGAGGGAGUCAAGUUCGUCCCCGGACAGACGAUCACGGUGAACGGAAAGGAGAAGUUUAUUCCUGGACAUACUGUGAUGGGUGCCAACAAGGAAAUGGUAUUCGUUCCAGGCCAAACGGUGGUUGACGAACAUGGGGUUUCCAAGUUUAUACCAGGCAAAACGGUUGUCACACCGGAGGGUUCCAAAUUCGUACCUGGACAAUACGUGGACGAUACGUUUGUUCCCGGUAUCACCGAAGGAGACAAGUUUGUGCCGGGAGUUAACAUUGAAACCAAGGAAGGAUCCAAGUUUGUCCAAGGACAGAUUGUUCACACGAAGCACGGUGAUGUGUUUAUGCCGGGAUCAACGACGGUGGCGGAGAAUGGAGAGUUGAUGUUUGAAAUCGCUUCGACUAUUGAUGCCGUCAAGUUUAGUGAAGCUACACCGGUUGGGCUGGUUAUGGAUAGUGAUAACAUGAAGAUCACCGAACCUUCUCUGUGUGUAUUUGGACACAUGGUUCAGCAAGAGUCGGGUGUCGAGUUUUAUCCGGAGAAGAUAAAGCGGGAAGAGCUGCCACAGGGUAAGAUCGUCCCAGGAAAGUUGAUCAAACAGCAAGCGAAUACUAAAUUCAUUCCUGGAAUGAACGUUGAGGAAGGUUUCAUCCCAGGACAGGUGGUGCUCACCGAUCACGGUGAGCAGUUUGUACCCGGACAGGUGAUUGAAACAUCCGAAGGACUCAAGUUCGUCCCGGGUCAGAUCAUUGAAACGAAGAACGGUGCCAAGUUUGUGCCCGGACAAACGAUGCAGACGGCGGAUGGUCCACGAUUCGUGCCAGGUCAGAUCAUCAAUACGAAGGCCGGACCAACGUUUAUUCCUGGCCAGGUGAUCAGUACCGAUGAUGACGGAGAAAAGUUCGUACCCGGUCAGAUUGUGGACACGGAUGAUGGGCCACGGUUUGUGCCGGGUCGGGUUGUGGAGACGGAGAAUAAGGUGACGUUCAUCCCGGGUAGAAUUGUUCAGACCGCUGAUGGUCCCAAGUUUGUGGCUCCGGAUCUGAAGGAUACCGAGGACGGCGAUGAAGAGUUCUUGGUGCAGAGUUACACCGUGACUCCGGAGGAAUUGAAACUGUUGAAGCCAAAUCAGACAUUGAGCACGAUGGACUCGCAGGAGAGUUCUUUGAUCGUGACGCUGGACAGUUCGAUGCUGCAGCAGCUCUCGGAGGCUGGAAUGCACGUUGGACGCCAGGUUGAAGCAUCCGCUGUGGAUUACGUACUGCAAAGUACCAAGGAGCGAAAGGCGCUGCAGAAGUUUAUUGCCGAACACAACAUCCAGAAUGGUAGUGUGGAUGUAUUGGAGAAUAUAUUCGACGGAUUGAAGUCGGUUUGCAGUCGGGUUAACCUGGAAUCGUUGCAAUGUGAACUCAACGAACGGAAGCCUAUGGAUGUUUCCGUUUGCAAUGGAUCAGUGGGAGUGGUGGAUGCAUUGGCAACUAACUUGGCUUCAAUCUUGGCGAAUACUGACGAGAAUGAAAAUCGCACCAUGUACGAGGUGAUCGCUGAAGCGAUUAAGAUGUCCAACGGCGAAUACAGUAUCGAGGAGCUUCAGCACGUGAUGCAGAAUCCGGCUGCGGUGGAUUACCUGGCUGGUAUGGUAAACAAGACGAUCGUGAAGAACAACAUUGAUCAAAAGUUGAAAACGAUUACCGCGUUGGUCGGAGAUAACGAGCAGAGUGGAGAGACGGCUGUUGCAAGCCACACAGCGAUCGAGGAGUUCUGUCAGCUGAUGGACAAUGAUCGUAUGUCGGAAGCGUUUGUCAAUUUGUUGAAGAAGGACGAAAAUCUGUUCAAGUCUAUUGUGAGUGGACUGAAGACUUCUGGGCUGGCUGAGGACACUGUCAAUAUUGCGGAGAUUUUGCAAGCUGCCGUGGUGGAUAGUAUUCAGGAGAAGGCACAGUGUGCGUUGGUGGAGUUGAUGAUAGAUCCGAACCACGAUCAGUUGACGGCGUUGUUGAAAAAGUCCGAAGGACUGGCACUUGCGUUGGGCAACAGUAAAGAAGCUGAGACGUUUGAGUAUCUGAUGAAGCAUCCGGAAGCGCUCAAGGAUUUGAACAAGGAUGAUGAUCUUUUCACCAUCAUCAACCGAGUGUUGAUUAUGGAGGAGCUGGCCCAGGAUGACGACGAGUAUCGGGAGUUGAUCGAUAGUUUGGAGAAGACUCCGGCUCACGCAACUAGUAGUGAUAAGCUGCGAGAGUUGAUCCGACAGAGUGGAGCUCUUUCGUAUGCUCCUACCAAGAAGCUCGCGAUCGAAACAUCCAAGGAUGUUCCCAUUUCGCUGUUCUACACCAACAAUCAACUUGCCAUUGAAGAGUUCUUCCUGAAGAGUGGACAAACCCAGCGACACUGUCCGAAGGCUUUCCUGAUCAUCAAGAAGGGCAUCCAGGCUGUCAUCCCGCGGGAAUCCAGCCAUGAAGUGCUUGCUGGCAAGAUCGCCUACACCGUACUGGACGAGAACGGCAUCCGGCACUUCCAGCCGAUGAACGUGCUGAACGCGCUCAAAAUCACACCCCGAUUCCUGAAUCGGUUCUCGAUGUACACAUGUGAUAUCGCCGAGGAGCUGGACAAUGACACGCUGAGCAGUAGCAGCAGUCACGAUGGGGAGUUUGAAGACGUGUACUGCUACGGCCGGCCAUUGUCACGGCGGGGUUCGUUGAGAGUGCCAGCGGGUAAUGGAGGAAAUGGUGCUCCGUAUCCCAGGAGAGGAGACAGACUGGACAGCUACGGCUACUUGGGAUCGACGCCACCGUCGACACCACUGUCACAUCGCAAAACGACAGCUCCAGCGGCCAGGAUUCACCACCAGAAGCAUUAUCCGCUGCAUCAUGUUGAGAAUGUUAAGACUCUCCCGAUGGCGAUGCGGAUAGCGAUCAAGGCCUCACUUUCGCGGGAAGCGCCGAUCAUGAAGUCCUCCAGCCGGGACUACCUGCACCGGUCCUCGUCGCUCGCCCGGCUCAAGUGAUUUGUGGAUCCUGGGCUUUAGUUUUUAACCGCACACCUGUAUAGAGUUUAUCCCAUGAGUGAGCUGUGGUCUAUUAGCUGCUAAGCGCCUGAUUUUGGUUAUUUUAUAGAAAUAUACAUUACGCAAUCUAAUAAGACUUUUUUCAAAGAUGUAUACAUUGUAUUAGUUACACCUGUGCACCAACCCCCGCAACACUGCUGUUUCAACUGAUGCUGCAUAGUAUUUAUACUCUUUGAUAGGUAUAGACGAAACAACAACGGUUUCUUUUUAAACAAACAUAAUCUGACACAUAAUAAAGAAAGUGAAAAUCGA